AUCAGGAGGUUAUAAAAGUGUCUUCUUAACUCUUCGUGUUGUUACUGUUUGUCAACAUAAUGAUAAACCGCAUCAGGAACACUAUCAAGAUUUACCAAAUAAUUGGUGACUUCACUGAAGUAUUCCUCUUUCCACGACUUACUAAUAAAAACAAUGCCAGGUUGCUGCAUCUGGUAAGAACGGAGCGAAUCCAUUUUAAGAGUAUCAGGAAUCAAGGUCUCAAGAAUCUUGCUUCCAGAAAAUUCUCCUCAUUCGACACUGUGGAAGCAUUGGAAAAUUCAGGUUUUCCAUAUGAAACGCAUAAUGUUGUAACUGAGGAUGGGUACAUUUUAACCUUGCACAGAAUACUUGGCAGCAAUGGAUACGACAAAUUAACGGGAAUCGCUGAAGAGAACAGGAUACCUGUCUUUUUGCAACAUGGUCUUUGGUCGUCAUCCGGAGAUUGGGUUGUGAGUGGGACAUCGCACAGUUUAGCCUUUCUCCUUUCUAAAAAUGGUUACGAUGUUUGGUUAGGCAACGCAAGGGGCAAUCUAUAUUCCAGAAGACAUAAAUGGCUUUGUCCGAUCAAAGACAGUAAAGACUUCUGGAACUUCAGUUGGCAUGAAAUGGGUUAUAUGGACCUACCGGCCAUGAUUGAUUUCGUGCUUAAAGUUACAGAAAAAAAACAAUUAUUUUAUGUUGGACAUUCACUUGGUACAACCAUGUGUUUUGUAUUGUUGUCGACAAAGCCUGAGUACAACGAUAAAAUUAAAGCAGUAUUUGCUCUCGCUCCAGUUGCUUACCUCAAUAAUUUGAGAAGUGAAGUGCUUCGCCAUUUGGCCAGAGUAUCGGAUAGACUGUAUGACGUGUUAGAAAUGACGGGAUAUCAUUCAUUUAUGCCAAAAAACGGGUUAGUCUCUGUUGUAGACGGUUUAUUAUCACGGAAUACCAGUACAUUGAUGAACAAUGCCCCUUUAAUAUUAAGCAAUUUGUCCGGUUAUGCGAGCGAGGAUGUUAAGAAGAAUCUUAAGGAAGUGAUCAUCGCUCAUAUCGCAGCUGGAACUAGCACGAAAGUUCUCGCACAUUUCGCCCAGUCUCUUCGUACCGAAAAAUCUUUCCGCCAAUUCGAUUUCGGCGUCGAAAAAAACAUCGUUGCAUACGGGCAAAAGGAACCUCCCUGUUACCAACUAAGUAACAUAAGAAUUCCCAUCGUCCUCUUCUACAGUAAAGAAGAUUGGUUGUCAACCAUGGAGGAUGUAGAAGCAUUGGCUGAUGUAUUAGAAAAUAGUAUUAAGGGCAAUUUAAUUAGAAAAAAAAUAGAAUUGAAUAAUUUUAAUCAUCUCGACUUUAUUUGGGGUAGCGUUGCUAGACAGAAUAUUUUUAAUGAUAUAUUGACUUACAUGAAAACUUUUUGACCGUUACACGUAAUAUUAAAUGUUAACGAGUACUAUGGAAAAUAAAACUUUUAAUGGACUAACGAAGAAUAAAAUGCACAAACCUAACUCGAGUUUUGAGUUUUACUGUACCGUACGUCCCGUUUAUACAAUAAUUUGUAUUGUAAUUGCCUUUUCGAGUUCUUCAAUCGAACUUCCAAGUCUGUCACAGAUACAGUUUUUAGCCAUGUCAUGUUCAGAUAUUAGAUGAUCUAUCAAUUUGAAACCUUGUCAUUCAUAUGUUCAUGGUUAUCAGAUACACUAUUUUUUUAUAAAGAU